AUGGGCGGCUCCGGCGGCUCUGGCUACCAGAAGUAUUACCAGCAGUACAUGGAUAAGUAUGGCUCUUCCGGAUCAGGCGGCUAUGAUCAGUUCAUGUCAAAAUAUGCCGGUGGCUAUGCAGGCAAGUACAUGCCAGGGGACAAGACAGAGGAAUCUGGCCCCGUCAGUCUCGCGGCUGCGGAUGCAUCAAGCGACAAGGCGGCAGACAAGAGCAGUGGCGCGGCCGCCAGCUCGGAGGGCAGCAGCUACCAAAAGUACAUGGACUACUCCAAGUACACCGGAGGCGCACAGGGUGCUUCGCAGGGUGGUGCCGGCGGCGACUACAAGCAGUACAUGGACUACUCCAAGUACACUCAGGGUCAGGGAUCCCAGGGCGGAGGCGCUUCAGAUUACAAGAAGUACAUGGAGUCCUACAGCGGCGACUACAGCAAGUACAUGAAGGGCCAAGGCUCCCAGGGUGGUGCCGGCGGCGACUACAAGCAGUACAUGGACUAUUCCAAGUACACUCAGGGUCAGGGAUCCCAGGGCGGAGGUGCUUCAGAUUACAAGAAGUACAUGGAGUCCUACAGCGGCGACUACAGCAAGUACAUGAAGGGCCAAGGCUCCCAGGGUGGUGCCGGCGGCGACUACAAGCAGUACAUGGACUACUCCAAGUACACUCAGGGUCAGGGAUCCCAGGGUGGUGCCGGCGGCGACUACAAGCAGUACAUGGACUACUCCAAGUACACUCAGGGUCAGGGCGCUCAGGGCGCGAAGGCAAACGACGCAAGCUCCGAAAGCCCUGCCCUGUUGGCCGCUGCUACAUCUUCGGAUGAGGGGUCGUUCGUCCGGGACUACAAAAACUACAUGCAGCAGCGUGGCAAGAAUGUUUCCGCUGGAUUCGAGAAGUACAUGAAAACCCAUGCGGGGGAGUUCAAGCACUACGUGCAAUCCCGUGGUGCUGAAGCAGCUGGUGACUUCGAUGACUACUUCAAGAACUACAAGAGCUUCUUCCAGAACGAAGGCAAAGAUGCAGCCGGCGAUUUCCAAAAGUUUGUCAACGAGUAUGCCAGCGACUACGCGAAGUACUUGAAGGAACGAGGCGACAACGCUGCAACUGACUACAAGAAGUACCAGACGCAGUACCAGGAGGGUGGGGCAGCCGUGGUCCUUGCGUCCACUGGUGGUGACCAGAGUGCUGCUCCUGAUCAACAGAGCGCCGAAGAGAAGAAGGAAAGCCAGGAGAGGGAGGAGGAGAAGCAGAGGCUCCGCGAGGAGCUGCAGUCAGAGCACGAGCGCCUGAGGAAGGAGCUGCAGGCAGAGAAGGAGCACCUCCGCGAGGAGCUUGCAGAAGAGGCGAAGGAGCACCAGCAGAGCCCCAAGUCUGGAGCGGCGCCGGCGAUGCUGAUGCAGAAGGUCGCCACCUACUGGUUCUUCACUCCGCUGCUCGCAGUCGUGGCCGGUGCCGGGGCCGUCUUCGCUUUCUUGCGGCGACAGGCUCAGCGCCGCCGAUCUGUCAUGGACGACUAUGUGAUGCACGAGGAUGCCCCUCUUGCUGCUGUGUAA